GUGCAGAGGUCCACAUUCACCGCGAACGCGAUGAAUUACAACAAGUCUGGCGGUGUCAGCGGUCCGUCCCGUAGCAACUCCGGCACGGUGGACGAGCUUGUGAUAACAUCGACUUUCGGGACGCUGCUUUCAGUGGUUUACAUCGUUGGAGUUUCGGGAAACGUCUACACGCUGGUAGUCAUGUGUCAUUCUAUACGCUUCGCCACUUCCAUGUAUGUCUCCAUCAUCAACCUGGCCCUCGCGGAUCUCCUUUACCUCUCCACGAUUCCUUUCGUGGUGAGCACGUACUUUCUAAAGGACUGGUACUUCGGGGAUGUGGGUUGCAGGAUACUGUUGAGUCUGGACCUGUUAACUAUGCACGCGAGUAUCUUUACUCUGACAGUGAUGUGCAUGGAGCGCUACCUGGCAGUGACUAAACCGCUGGAUACUGUGAAACGCUCCAAGAGCUACCGAAAAGCCAUGGCGUGGGGAGUUUGGAUUUUGUCCCUCGUCCUAACUCUUCCCAUGAUGAUCAUGGUUAACCAGACUACUAAAACAACAGCAGAUGGAGGGGUGAAAAGGAUGUGCGCGCCCACCUGGGCACCUCAAGCAUAUAAAUUGUACCUGACCGUCCUGUUCUGCACGAGCAUAAUGGCGCCAGGGCUUGUCAUUGGUUACUUGUACACCAGACUGGCCAGGACGUACCUAGAGUCUCAAAAGACUUCGGCAAUUUAUAAAGGCAGCAAGCGCUCGCCAAAACAAAAAGUUUUGAUAAUGAUUUUCACUAUCGUGCUCGUGUUCUGGGCGUGUUUUCUGCCCUUUUGGAUAUGGCAACUUGUGCCACUGUAUCACAAACCCUUCAGUCUCGCCUCACACACGCACACGAGCAUCAAUUACCUCGUGGCGAGCCUGACCUACAGCAACAGCUGCAUCAACCCGUUUCUGUACACGCUCCUGACCAAGAAUUAUCGGGAGUAUCUUAAAAACCGCCACAAGAGUUUUUACCGCUACACUUCAUCGUUUAGAAAGCGCCCACCAAGCCUGUACUCUUGGGGAAAGUCUGCGUCAUCCAGUAAUCAGUUUGAGUUCAACUCUGAGACGCUUGUCAUGGCGCAGCUAAAGGUGAUGCAGUGAACAGAUUGGAAAGCUUAAUCCGUUCGUGUAAAGGGUUCCUGUCACUCAUCCGUCCCUUUGAGCCGGGUGGAUCCUACAGCAGGAAGAGGUUAUCAAUGGCAUAAUGGGGGUCACAUGUGAAGGACAAAGUAAUGGCAUAUCGCGUACCCCAAGUGACCUUCUCCAC